AGCGCCGCUUCUACCCAGCGCCGCCGCUCCGCCCUCCCGUUGCUGCUGCGCCUCUCGGCCCCCGAAGCCAUGGAGCGCGUCGCCCGCAUCGCCGGCCACGUGGCGCCCUCUGGAGCGGCCACAGGCCUGCGUCCGCAGUCGGCCUCGUCCGCCACGUCGCCCAUCCUCGCGACGCUGAAGGGCAAGAUCUCGGCGUUGAUGAAGGAGCAAGUUGCGCUCAAGAACGACCUCCUCAAGAACCACGGCGAUACGAAGAUCCAGGAUGUCACCGUCGAAAUGGCAAUCAACGGCGCGAGGUCCAUGAAGACCAUGGUGACAGACACAUCCGACUUACACGAGGUCAACGGAAUCAGCUACCGGGGGAUGUCCUUGUACGAGGUCAACAAGAAGCUCCCUAAGGCGCCGGGCGGGUCCUGCGCUCUGCCCGAGGCGGCGUUCUGGUUGCUCCUGACGGGCGAGGUGCCGACGGACCUGGAGACCAGGGCCUUCACGGACGAGCUGCAUCGCCGAAGCUCCGUGCCCGCGAACGUGAUGGCCACCCUGAAGUCCGUUCCGAUCGAGACGCACCCGAUGACCCAGCUGUCGAUGUGCAUGCUCGCCCUGCAGAAGGACUCGAAGUUUUCCGCCGCGUACGACGCGGGGAUGAAGAAGUCCGAGUACUGGGAGUACGCGCUGGAGGACGCUCUGGACUUGGUCGCGAAGAUCCCAGUAGUGGCGGCCGCCAUCUACCGCCGCACCUUCAAGGAUGGCCCGGGGCCGGCAUACGACACCACCAUGGAUUGGGCGGCAAACUACGCGAACAUGCUGGGCGUCAACGACGGGGAGGAGUUCAAAGAGGUGACCCGGUUGUACCUCAUGCUGCACGCGGACCACGAGGGGGGCAACGUCUCCGCGCAUACGUCCCACCUGGUGGGCUCCGCGCUGAGCGACCCGUACUAUGCCUGGGCCGCGGGUCUCUGCGGACUCGCGGGACCCUUGCACGGCCUGGCGAACCAGGAGUGCUUGGGCUGGCUGCUCCAGGUGCAAAAGGACCUGAAGGGGCAGACUCCCACAAAAGAGCUUCUCACCCAGUACGCAGAGGACACCCUCGCCGCCGGCAAGGUAAUUCCGGGCUUCGGCCACGCCGUCCUGCGGAACACGGACCCCCGCUACAUUCUCGAGCGUGAGUUCGCGCUGAAACAUUGCCAGAACGACCCCCUGUUCCAGCUCGUCGACGCCUGCUACCAGGCUAUCCCGGAGCUCUUGGGGAAGAAAGGCAAGGUGAAGAAUCCGUUCCCGAACGUCGAUGCACACAGCGGCCAGCUUAUGCACUUCUACAACCUCAAGGAGGAAAACUAUUAUACCGUCGUCUUUGCCGUCUCCCGGGCCAUAGGCGUGAUGGCUCAGACUGUUUGGGCGAGGGCCAUCGGUCUACCCAUCGAGCGACCGAAGUCGGUGCCGCUUGACACGCUGAAGAAGCUUGCGACCAAGUGAAGUCUAUGCCUUCCCCGCGCAAGCCGCCGGCCAUGCUGCUGAGUCCAUCUGGCAUGCAGAGGCGGGCUUUCUGAGGAGUUUAUCCGCCUGGUUUCAUGCCCCAGUCUCGCCCAUACCUGUAGGUUCCAUCCGUCCGGAGUUUGAAACUUUUUGUUUAAAUCGGUCCGUGUAUCCGUUUCAGCACACCCCGCUCUUUCACACAUCAUGUGCCGUGCAAGUGCUUGGGCCUUGCAGGUUUGAGCAUGUGAGGGCUGUAGCUUGUUUUUCCCAUGGGGCCUGGCCGCCCCCCUCGCUGUGUUGCCAAAUAGGUAUGACAUAGCCGCAGUUCCUAAGCAGAGAUCGUCGUUUGAGCUACUACCCUGUCAAAGAGAUCGCCUGCCUGAGUGCUCCACUCCCCCCCCCCCGUUCUGCCUUGCUAAACAUGACCUGCCCAAGCGGGGCCCCUACGAGCGCAGCCGUCCGCGGCAACCCCC